CUAAGGUCGACUUUCUGAAGAACAAGCACGUCACUGUUUGACCGCGCCUACUUCCGAGAAGGAGACGCAGCCCACAUUAAAACAAGCAGAAACCUGAAAUAACCUUUUAGAGCAGGACUGGUAGCGGUCAUCAUUGUUGGCGUUCAGACGUAAGAAGGGGCUCUUGGUUUUAGUUAACCUGUCAGAUCUGUCAUGGCUAUCACUGCAGUCCUUCUGCUGAGCAGUCUUGUCUUUCUGGCAAUUACUGCUCAAGUUCAAAACUGUUCCAGACCUGUUGGAGAAAAUAUGGAUUUAAAGGGCAAUGACAUUCUUCUAACUAGUUUCCCAGAUGGGAUCACAGUUACUUUUGCCUGUAACACUGGAUAUGAGUCUGCAGGAGGGUCCCCACGUAUUACUUGUACUGCUGGAAGUUGGAGCUCUCUGGGGUUGAAAUGCCAAAGGAAGAACUGUGGCUCUGUUGGCGAAGUUCUAGACGGACAGAUUGAAUAUCGUCCUGGGUCUGAAUUUGGUGAUAAAGCAGUGCUCAUUUGUAACCCUGGUCAUAUGCCAGUUGGUGGAGGAGAGCUCACUUGUGGAAACCAAGGGUGGUUGGGCAGGUUGCCUAUAUGUGAAGUGAUACAAUGUGAGUCACCACCUGUAGUAGAGAAUGGCGCUUUCAGUCCAAUUGAAGAACUCUAUGACUAUAAAGACGUUAUAGUGUACACCUGUAAAAGCAGCUAUACACUUAAUGGAUCAAGACAGUUGCAUUGUUCGGAUGAUGGAACAUUCACGCCUGAGCCUCCAAAAUGUAUCAAGGUUGAAUGUGGAGAACCAGAGAUUUCAUUUGGACAGUGGAGUAGCGGUGCUCGACCUCCAUAUGGAUACAAGUCUACAGUGACAUUACAGUGUAACGCUGGAUACAAAAUGAUUGGAUCCGCAACUGUGACGUGUGGGCUAAAUAGUCAGUGGUCGCCUGGACUUCCUCGGUGUAUACCAAACCCCCCAACAACUACCACAACAACUACCACUACAACCACUACGACCAUUACCACUACUAACCCCUCUACCCCAAAGAAACCAACAGUUCCAUUUGCAGAAGGAUGUGAAGAUCCCAAAAAGAGAAGUGCUGAGGUGACUGUGAGCUCUCAACCUCCAUAUAGACAUGGGGUUAAAGUCACUCUCAGCUGCCCACCUGGAUACAAGCUAAACGGACCAGAUACCCAGACAUGUGAAAAAAAUGGUCUGUGGUCACCAGGAAUUCCACUAUGUACACCUUUACCUCCAGUGGACAAUGGAAAUGGAAGUGGCAGUCCUAAAAGUUUAGUUUGGAUUUUGGUGGGCGUGGUCGCCGUCAUCCUCGUCAUCGGAGGCAUUGUGGUUUAUGUGUAUUGCAACAAAAACAGCAAAAAGGGAAAGCGCACUCGAAGAGGCAAUACUGACAAAGAUGCUACAAAUGAUGCAGAGGAUGUAGCACUCUCGUAAGCAUGACAGCCUGGAUACUCCACAACUACUUGCUGUGAAGACCGCUUCCUAAGAAGAAUGCCAAAGGAGCAGUCUUUGAAUGUACAUGCCCUCUGUGUGCAUGCAUUUGCCAGAAGUUUAUGAGCACCUCUCUUAAAAUUGGAUUCCGAAGACCGAGAAACAUCAGUGGAUUGGGACAUGUUAUGCUUCGAGUGACUUGUCUCAUAACUUUUUGCAUUCUGAUCAUUCCGAAGAAACUGAUAAAUAUUUAGCGGAGAAGCUUAAAUUCUAUGUUGAAUUUAUCUGUUGCACUGUAGUAAAGGAACACAGCUUGACUAUUGUAGCUCAUUUACAGAUGGUCUAAAAUGAGCAAAAUCGGCACACAAUGUCUGUAACUACUCAUUUGGAUCAAAAAAUUUUGUUGGAACAGUUUUGUGUAUUAAGGACUGUUAGUUUGGAAAGUUGGAUCUGUAAAAUGGUCCCAAACCUAAUCAUAAGGCAUCUAUUCAUGCCUUAAUGCAAAAAAAAAAAGUGUUUUAGCUUGUGCUUCAUUUAAAUAGUUGUAAAUUUCAUAAAUGUUAACCCAGUUGUUGGGUUUCCAAACCUGCCCUGCAGCGUUUAGCCUUAAAUAAUGUCAGCACCUUGUUUUUUUGAAUUUGCCAAAAUGAGUUUGAGGAUACGUGAGGACACUUCAAUCAUCCAGGAAAGGAAAUCCCAAAAAGUUGAUUCUGUUCAUCUGGACUCGUCUUCAGUCUCAACUGACUGCAGGUUUCCCAGAUCUUACAAACCUGCAGUCAGCUGGGACUGAAGAAGUGAAUGAAACAUUUCUCCCACUGGAAAUGCUACGAUGAACAGAAUCAACUUUUUGGGAAUAAGUUUCAAGGUUUCAUUGACAAGGGGAGGAAAAAAAAUCAUAAACUUGUAUUUCAUGUCCUUUAAACGUCUGUGGAUAUUAGCCUGUCACUGCAUCAGUUUUUAUUUUUUUGUUUGUUUUAAAUUGUCUUUUGACUACUCACUGUUCAGGAUAUGAAGAUGAAUAUUUUGAGUAUUAGCUCACUUGCCUUGCUUAAUAUUUAUUUAUUAAAAUAAAGAAAAAAAAGAUUUUAAGUUGGAACAAAAUUUUAUAAUGAAAUAAAAUGAAUGAAGACA